AUGGACCGAGACAGCCGGGAGCUUCAAAUGCGCCAAGAUAUUGCCGUCAUUGAAACUGUCGCCUUUUCUGUCGAAGAAGUCAGACGCGUCCUCAGUCAAAUAAAACCUGAUAAGUCUCCUGGACCCGACGGAAUUCCCGGGCUGAUACUUAAGGAGCUAUCAACGGAGCUGUCAAAGCCUCUUUCGACUCUCUUUGAGCUGUCAAUGAGAACAGGAAGGCUGCCCUCACAGUGGAAGACAGCUAACCUCGUUCCAUUGCAUAAGGGAGGUAGCAAGAUGACAGCAAGCAGCUUUAGGCCUAUUAGCUUAACUUGCCUCCCUUGCAAAACGAUGGAAGCUAUAGUAAAGAGCGCUAUACAGCAAUUUUGAGAAGAAAAUAACAUCUUGCAGGAUUUUCAACAUGGCUUCCGUAGAGGACGUUCCUGCCUCUCAAAUCUGCUAGCUUGUCUGGAGAUCUGGACCAGGGCUCUAGAAGAGGGUUUUGAGGUCGAUGUCGUAUACAUCGAUUUCCGCAAAGCUUUUGACACUGUCCCGCACCAACGUCUUCUUCACAAAUUGAGCGCCAUCGGCAUCCGGGAAGAUCUUGUGAACUGGAUAAGGGCGUCUCUGGUUGCUCGGAAACAACGUGUCUGUGUCGGGGAUGAUAUGCCAGAAUGGGUGAAUGUGACCAGUGGUGUGCCGCAAGGCUCAGUUCUGGGACCAUUGCUCUUCAUCCUUUACAUUAACGACAGCCUUCAGGAACUCGACUGCGGCAAAAUAAUGUUUGCAGACGACGUUAAGCUCUGGCAAGUCAUUAAGGGUCCGAAUGAUCAGAGAUCCUUUCAAGAUAAUCUGCACCGACUGCACGCGUGGUCGAAGAAAUGGCUUCUGGAUUUCAAUGUGGAGAAGUGUGCCAUCCUUCAUCUGCGUCCAACCAACUCUCAUUCUAAUGAGAGUCUGAGGACAUAUCACCUGAAAGAUAUAAGGCUCCCCGCAGAAUCUUCACAGAAGGAUCUCGGGGUUUGGAUACAGAACAACCUGCAACCAACACUGCAGUGUCAGAAGGCUGCAAAAAACGCCAUGGGAGUGCUGCAUGCAAUAAAAAGGGCUUUCGUUAACUUUGACCAAGACCUUUUUGGGAGAGUUUACGGCACAUUUGUUCGGCCCCACUUAGAAUAUGGCAUACAAGCAUGGCGGCCGUGGCUAGUAAAGGACGAAGCAUGCCUCGAACGAGUACAACGGCGUGCAAAAAAGCUGGUAAACGGUCUAAAGAGCCAAUCCUACACAGAAAGACUGAAUUGCCUUAAUUUAUUCCCUAUGUGUUACAGGCAUCAAAGAGGUGAUCUUAUCCUCGUCUAAAAGAUAAUACAUGGCCUUGAGUAUGGACUUAAAUUUGAGGACAUGUUUCAGUGGCACCUUUCACCCAAUCUUCGUGGUCACUCGAUGAAGUUACGGACAACAAUGUCCAGGCUGAAUCUACGUUCUGGAUUUUUCACGCAGAGGGUAGUGGAGAAAUGGAACGAUCUCCCCCAGUCAGUCGUGGAGGCUACGUCCCUGCAACUCUUCAAGAAACGCUUGGAUGAUUAUUUGUGUCCCCUGUUUUCCCUCGACAGUGUGAAUCUGAAUUAAUACCCCUUGUCCAUACAAAUAUUUUCUCUGAGACAAUGCUACUCAAAUGAACCAAGUACUGUUUUAAUAGUGAACAUUUUUUGUUAUUGUACAGUUAUUUCUAACGAGCUGACAUGUAAUCAAUAGGGUUUUCAAAGGCUUUGGAUAUUAUCCUUACCAAAUAAACUGGAAACGGUCCUCCUUCGGCAUAUGUGGCAAACUUCUGCAUUUUAUAUUUUUUUACCUGUGCGCUCUUACACAACGAGUUAAGAUUUCCAAAGUUAUCUCCAACCCCACAUGUGUGAGGAGUGGAGUCGUUCAGGGUAGUGCACUUGGCCCGCUAUUAUUUUGCCUUGUUGUUAACGAUGUACCAGAUUAAUCUCAGAAUGGUAAGCCUUCAUGUACCCGGAUGAUCUGAAAGUUGCAUAUCGAUAUAAGUCAACGGAUCGAGGCAUCGUGCUCGAGCUCCAAAAGAGCGAUCUACAAGCCUUUACCCAGUGGCGCUGCACAUGGCGCCUUCCUCUUUCUUGGCAGAAUUGCUCAGUCAGGAUAGUUGGUGACGAUCACCAACCUCAACUAAGUAUUGACAGUCACGACAUAAAUCUGCAGUCGUUAUUAAGGAUCUGAAUGUAUAACACUCAAUGAGUCUUAAUCUUUCGGAGCACUGCGCUCUGAUAGUCUCCAAAGCACGCAGAACUACCGGAUUUAUCUUCCAAAAUUGCAAAACUAACGAUAGCAGAAUUCACCUUUCCAAAACGUACGACAAACCUGGCCUGGAAUACUGUUCGCUUUUAGUUAACCUUAUACCUGCUGCUGAGCGUAAGAAAACAGAAUCUGUCCAACUUUUUUGCCAUGAGAGUUUUGACCUUGGGCCACUAACACUUGAACAAUUAGGAGCGUUGCAAGCUUACAGGCCCUGAUCCCAUGUGGUAUCGUCAUCUGCAAAAAGGACCAUUUUUACUGUUUAAGCUCUGAAAAACCGUACUUCUAACCCACUUACUACUUUAAAACCUCUCGACCAUCCCCGACGUAAUGGUCAUCGUGAAGUCUGUUUAUUUCUUCCUCUGGUACGUUCUGUUAAAUAUCCUCCUUUUUCUGUGGACUCAGUUGCGAUUUGGAACAAGUUGCCCAGGAAUUAUAAAAUUCUGCAGAAUUAUUCUUUUUUUAAAAAGAAACACUAAUCGUUUUAUGCAAUUAUAAAGUUUCCUACAUAUAUUGGUUGCUGAAUCGACCGAUUUACUCUACCGUAGUGAUGAAGUUCGUGGUCUCUGAGCCCUUGGUUCGUCUCAACACGGACAAUAUAUUCAGCCACCAGAGGACAACGGUUUUUCACUGCCUAUGUUUGGUCCAGUACCGAUUUGACGUGAAGGGAUUGAGACUGAAAAUAUCCAAAGCAGCGUUACCCAUCCUUUUCUGCACUGACGUCAUUUAAUGGGCAGCAGUUUUUUCUCCUGAAGCAUCCAAAUUACAAAAACAUCAACUUAAAUAUUUAAUCGGGAGGAGUUUUUCUCACUGGUAGCCUGAUGCGGGUUUUAUUUUUCUUUGGCAGUACCUGUAGUUGGCCUUAAAAACAAUUAUUAUUAGUGUCUGCCCAAUCAGUGGCCAUCAAGAGUUCUUGCUGAAGUUUUUAAGCGCAAGCCUCGCCGUGCAUGCGUUCAGGCUAACGCAAAAAUAGACAAAACACUUGCGCCCUUUAUGACAAGGCCGCCAUAUCUGUCAUCACGUUAUAGUAAUAUUCAUUGUCUUCACCGAAGGCCAUUUGGAUCUUAGCCGAUGAGUUAAUUCAUCCAUAAAAUAAAGAGGUCAGAAAAGUGGGGAUGACAUUUACGGAGUGUUUUGAAAACUUAAUGAUGACUGAAUGAGUAUUGGAUGGUAAGGUAGGCGUCGGCAAUCAUGCGAUGCGUGGUGAUUUAUGAGAUGAAGUUGUGAAAGAGCAAUUUGCCUUGGAGUCAGGGGAACUGGAGCUACGACAUGGGGCCGACAUACACUUACAAUCUUUUCUCUGUCACCGCGGUGCGUGCCGAACACUUGCACACUUCAGAAAACAUGCCAAACAUUCAUUCUUAUCUCACUGUUCCGUGGCCGAGGCCGCGCCUGUGUCAUCCGGAUUUUCGUGUCUCGAGGCAAACGACGUUUUAUCUCAACCACCGUCUGCGCAUCAGCUGCUUGGUCGAACCAAAGACCAUGUAUCUCACAUGAACGAUUCUCAUGGAGAAAGGCAUGACAUAAAUAUAGCUAGCCACGUGUACGGUCAGCCUUCUGGUGCAAGGGAAACCUGAACAGAACGAAUUCUUUAACGGUUGUCUAGUCGCAGUGAAAGGCUACCUUAUAAACAUUGUUCCCCUGUAAAUAAAGAACCUUGUGUUUAUGGACUCUGAGAAUCCACAAACUGACCGGCUGCGGAGAAAGAUGAAGUAGAUGUUAUCAGACGGUCCGCCACCGAUCGUACUAAGUUGUUAAACACGCAUAGGCGGCUGGGGACCACUAUUGAAGCAUUAACAGUCUCUUACGAAGAAAUAGUAAUGGGAUCAUAGGAAACCGGAGUGAUUAGGCAUACUGGGAUCCAUCGACCAGUGUACUGACAGCAUGUACUAAAAACUACAUGGAUAAUGGGAUAAACCGCACUCUAGCCCGUCGCUGUGUCGGCUGUGUGGACUCCAACAGGCGACUUAAGACAUCAGAAGAAAACCAAGACCUACGGACAGACAUUAUUAAGGAUUUCUAGAGUACAGCAGGAUCACUCCCAAAAAAGUCAUUCAGCUUUCCAGUUGAUAGACACCGAAUAUCCUCUUAAAGAAAGCUCAGUCGUGGAAAACGCAGUUAGUCAUGAAGAGAAAGCAAGUAAUACAUCAGAGGUGACUUCCAGAAAUAAUUUCAACGGAAAUAACGAGGUAGCCAACGCUAAUGUGACAAAUAUUAAUUUAGUUUCAUUACCCUCUGCGGUAACUAAACCUACCAAAUCCCCGAACGUUGGGGACGACACAACAAGGGCCGUCCUUAAAUGACCUGUUAGAAUAUAAACGAGCUCGUCGUUAAUUCUGGAAGGUUUCGCCGUCACCUCACCUCAUCAAAUGGUUAACUCAACUAGGGAGUGCGUUCAACGGUCUUUUUAUGUCAGUGGGGAUAUUAAUUCUGUCUACGGUACAGAACAGUAGGGAAAUGACUCCGUAAGUUCCCAGGUCGAAGCCAUCACUUCAUGCACAAAUUAAUCCUCAUAAUUCCAAUUUCGAAUGAAAAUAAGUCUAAGGUCGAGGUCUCACCAUUCAUCAGAGGCGCCACGGUAGCGGGGUAUCGUCCUAGCACAGACAGGUAAAUGAAGAACUCGCCUAUGCACCAUAAAAGAAAUGUUGUUAUAAAGGGUCUCCCAGAACCUACAUUAUGCAUUCCCCAGGGGCUUGCAACGGAAGACUUAGGUCUUCUUCAUGGACACACUAGCGUUAUCCAGAAGGAUGAGGACCAUUCUACGGUACCAAAAACUCUCUGACUAGGCAAAGCGGGCCUGAAACCAUACUAGGAUUCUUAAAAUUACUUUAGAGAACGAAGCACAGGCAGCGCUUCUAUUAGAAGGAAAAAGGCCUUUGCAGAGAGCGCAAUAAGAGGGUUUUUUUCAGCCCCUCUACAAAUUGAGGGAACACUAAGAAUAAGGAGAUUGAAAACAAAGUUGAGAGAGAGGAUGAAUAGGGAGGAUAAAGGGCUGGAAAUCAAUGAUGGUCAAAUAAUUCAGAUCGUGGAAUCAUUCCUGUGGACAAGAUCCGUCACGAUGAAGCCUAGGUCUCCACGACUAAACUAUUAUUGAAAGCUAUCCCCGCAACUUUCAGAGCUCGUUCAACAAAUUGGACGAACUUAGAGACUUAGUUGAUGAAACAAUACCAGACAUCAUGGCUUUCACGGAAACACGGCUUUCUCUGGAUACUGCAGGCUCCAGAAUAUCUCUGAAUGGGGACCAACAAUUUUAAUAUAAUUAAGUAUGGUCACUUUAUAUUAAGGAUAUAGCAGAGCCUUGGAAAACCCUACUGGGUAGAUGGAUGAAGAUCAUGCACACACUUACUUGACAGUUAUGCCAGUCUUCGAUAUCGAGCAAAUAUCGAGUCCCAACGUUUUCCGCUUAGACAACGGAGUUCAGCAAUUUGUUCCACCCUUCAGUCAGCCGAUGGGAGAAGAAAUUGGCCUUCACUUUAAGUUUGGCAUAUUUUAUCUUCAGUUUGUUUUGGUGACCUCGAAGAUAGGUUGUUCGCGCCAAUUCAAAGAAAUCGUCAAAUUGAAGAGCCCAGUCUUGCCCUCGGCUAUCCUGAAGACCAUCAUCAUAUCCCUCUGUGUUGUCUAUAAGAGAGAAGAAAUAUUUUUCGCUUUUUCAGGCGUCUCUCAUAAGGUGGGUAACGUAAUCCACUGGCCUGUGUGGUUGCUCUUCGUUGUAUGUUAUCCAAUGGGGUGUAGGGGUGUCAGCGGUGGGUUCACGUGAAGGUCGUAGUGGUCGCUCACUUGCUUGCAGGUGAGACUACGCCUAGCGUCCACUUGCUGGCACUCAACUCUCACCUGUGGCUCCACGUAGCUGGGCUCUGCUCAGCGGCCACACCCCGGGCAACCGUCUCGACCGGCGGGCUAAACCAGGUGAGGGCGGUUACUCCCUGUGCGCGUUGUGCCGCGUGCACAGGUGACAGCGGACUCCGUGGACGGUUGGUCGGAUGGAACACCGCGUCGGCGCCGUCGUGACGAGGCUCUGUCUGAUACACCGCUGGUCAGCCGGUUGGUGGUGGAACGUCGCAUCGGCAUCGUCUAG